UUUAAUCAAAAACCCCUUUAGACCUUUUUAACUUUGCCCCACUUCAUCCUAGAGUCUCUCUCCUUGCUCCCCAAUAUCAAUUUAAUAUAAUGGAACUCCCUUUUAAAUUUAUUUUAAUUCAAUUCCUGCCACCCCUAGGUCAGAACCCACUAGAGCCUAACUGACCCACUUCCCAGAAAGAGUCCACCUCGCCCCACUGUGCCAGAGUAAGUGAACAUUUCAGCGUUACCCCUUCGGUGGUGUAUAAGUGGGUUGGUGGGUGGGUGUCCUUUUCGGCUCUGCUAGAGCGAGAAAGAGAUAGAGCGAGAGCGAGAGGGGGAUGGAGGUGUGUAGUGGUUCCCGGUUGGCAUGGUGCACGCGAAAAAGCCAAACGAAAAACACAUUUUCCAGGCCCACUGCCACACUCGCUGCCUGUCCGUCCGGAACAGUUGGCCAAGUCAGAGCUACUUGCGUCUUACGAAAUAAAAAUAAAAGGAUAACUCCAUCCAGGAUCAAGUGACGAGCCUUCAGGAUGAGUUUGCUGCUGAAGCGAAGAUCGCGCAGCGAAACCCGGCCCAUCGAGAGCACGGAGAAGGCCAAGCCAACGGAGGCGGAGGCGGAGAAGCCACAGGACAGGAAACUGGAAAAACACACACAUGCCACCCGGAAGCCACAUGCCAGUGAACAGAAUCUGAACAAGCUGGGUCUGAUGCCCAGCGGCCUGGGAAUGGGAAGGCGCAAGACCUCCGCGGAGCUCAUCAGCGAGGCGAAGAUGUUUCUGGGAGAAGGUCCUGGCCCCGCGGUGCCUCUUCUGGCCACCGGAGGCGCCCGAUUGGUCAGCACCCGGAGGCCCAUCACGCCCCGGGAGUCCGGUCGUGUCCUGUACGGAAAAGUGGCCCUCGCAGGACGACCUCCCAGUGCCUUUUCGAUGAGGUAUCUGCAGAAUGAGAAGCCCAUGACUCCCCGCCAGCUGCCGGCUCUGUCUGGUUCUGGUCCUGCCACGCCCAUGCCCACCCGGAACGGUGCCCUGCUCUGCCAGUCCAGCACCGAGACCCUCAUCGAGCUCCUCAAGCAGCACAGUGGCCUCAAGGACUGCAGCGACGAGACAGUCCAGCACAUCAACGGAAUCCUCCAGGAGCUGUAUGCGCGAGUGAGGAAACAGGAACGCGGCUGCAAACGUGGCUUCAUCCUGGGCGGCUUGUAUGGCUUGGUGGAGUGCAGUUCCCCGCGUGUCCUUUUGGCCGUGGCUCGUGUGGUCUUGGCAUUGAGAGUCACUGGCAGCAACCUGACCGGAGCCUGCAAGCUGAUCUUCAAGGUGGCCAGGAACGAACAGCACGACGGUCUGUUCCACGAACACGAUGUCCUGGAGCUGCUCAUCGAUGGCUUGGGCCACGCCUCGCCUCUGGACGAGCCGGAGGCCUGUAUAUACGCCUACGGAUGCAUCCGGUUCCUCACCGCCAGCAGUGCCCAGGAUCGGGACGAUGCCCUGAACCGGAAUUGGAUCGGUGGAGACGACAAGCCGCCAUCGGAGGAUAAUCAGCCGGCUACUCUGGCUGUUGCCAAGCCUGCUCCUGUGUGUCCUCGCAAGCUGACGGGUCAGCAGACUCUGGUCUCCCGUUUGGCGCGCCACGGUGCCGUGGAACUGAUGAUCCUGCACCUGCAGAUGCUGAACGAGGCAGGGGCCACCAAGAAGCUGCAAGGACCGCCUCUACACACGCUCUACCAGCUGUCGGCGGCCAUGCGCGCUCUGGCCGAUGUGUCCCAGCAGCAGCAGCGUCUCCAGCUCCAGCUGGCCUGUCCGCAUCUCAUCCGCGCCGCCGAGGUAUCCAUGGGCGAGCUGGAGGUCCAGGCCAAUGUGGUGCGCACUUUGAGUGUCCUUUCGGAGGACACAGAUUGCUGUGAAACCCUGCACAACUAUGCGGCCAGGAUUGGUCUGCUACUGGGUCCUUCCUGCGCCGGCGGGCAGUGCAGUGAACGCCUCCUCGCGGUUCUCAGUCGCUUGGGCUACAUGCUGGGCAAUAUUCUGGCCAAGCACGAGUCAGCUCGCAUACAGUACUUUCACAACGAUGUGGCCAUGGAGUAUCUUCUGAAUGUCCUGGAGCAGCUAAACGAACGAACCUCCAGCAGUGUCUCCCUUCUGGAUGCCCAGAUCAAGCUGAUCCGCGUGGUGGCCAACAUGAGCGUGAAUCCGGAGGUGGGAGCCGCCUUGGGCAAUGUGAGGUCCUUGGGCGCCGUUCUCCUGGAGAUUCUUAAGAAGACUAGCGGUGCCUUGGAGAGGAAAAAGACCCCGGAGCAGCAGGAACUGCUGCACGCCACGUUGGGAGCCCUCCACAAUCUGUGCUUCUACCAGGACAAGCAGCCGGCGGUCCAGCCUCUGGCCGUGGGAUCGCUCCAGAGCCUGAUCGAUGACCUGUCCGCCACGCUGGCCAAGGUCCUGAGCUCCUGCCCCACGUCCGCCACCAAGGUGGAGCUGGCCAGGGUCCUGGGGAAUCUGACACGCAACGAACGAGCCAGGAGGUGCUUCUGCGGCGCCGGUGGACUACCGCUGAUGGUGCAACAGCUGACCAAGCAGGCGGCUGGACAGGAUUACGAGCUGCGAACGUGUGCCAUCGGAGUGCUCGUGAAUCUCCUGGGGGAUGGGGAGCAGCGCGGUCCCUUCCUGCAGCUGCGCGGGGCGGAGUUGCUGUCGCUGCUCCUGCGCGGAUCCCUGGAGCAGGAGGACUGGUUUCUGGCCAACAUCGUGUGCCAGGCGCUGUGGAAUCUCCUCAUCGACGGGCAGUGUGCCGCCAAUCUCUGCCAGAGUGGCAGCAUACUGGACGAGGUGAGCGAUCUGCUGGCCGAUUAUCUCGAUGAAGAUCGAUUACAAUCGGGCGAUAACGAUGAGAACGAUGACGAUGAGAAUCCGGAACGAGAUGGAGAUCUGGAGGAGAAUGAUCGCGAGGCGGAAACAGAACCGGAUGCCUUGUGGGAGGACUUUGCUCUGGUAGCCACCGAUUUGCUGGAACGCAUCCAAAACAACUUCGAUAGGCAGCAGCUAUCGCAAUCGCAAUCGCAAUCGCAAUCGCAAUCGCAACAAUCGGUGCCUCACGCCGAUAACGAUGACGACAAGGACGUGUUUAUCGAGGAGAUGUAGUAGCUGUUCUCGUUCGUUAGUUUCUAGUGUUUCUACAUGUGUGUUUUUUUGCAAAUCCGAUAAUUAUAAUCCGAUAAAUUAUAUCAUAAAGGGAAUAAAAUAAAAUAAAAUAUGUUUCAAGAUAUAAAUAGAAUCAAUGGCCUGGAAACUGGGUCACUAAUUCGAAAUUUUAUACAAAAAAGUGUAAUGGGAGCUACUA